AUGGACUUAUACGAAGAGGACGUCGGCCACGGCAAUGACCCCGAGGAUCCGGAACUCCCCCUUAGCGGAAAGCCUCCUUCCGACCCGAAGCAUCCUAGCAUGAGAAGUCUCACCUUCGAGGUGGGUCAGACUGACUAUGCUUUGCUCACAGACGACGAUCUGGUAGGAGAAGACCACAUCUUCUACGGUAGAACAUUGUUAGUCGGCGACCAGACCGGUUAUGCUUUCACCGACGGCACCUUCCGUACCUCCACAGGUAAGGUCGUCGGUAAGCACGACCACGAUGGUGAUUUCUAUGCACUGGCUGCCAAUAUCGCCUCCUUUCCUAAGCCAUAUGCCGGUCCUUGUCGUCUUGCCAAGAUGAUAUACCACCUACAGAUGCCCUCUAUCGUUGACAGCGAAAGCCAAUUCUUCGACAUCGUAUUGAUUAAUGACCUCGAUGUCGGUUUUGCAAACACUUCCGACAAGUUUGUCACCAUCGACGGCAAUGUCGUAGGAAGUUUUAAUACCGCUAGCGGUACCGUCACUGAUGCCAAUAGUGGUAAGGUGGGCAACAUCGGAGCAUUCAGUACUGAGGAAUACGAGAUGGGCGAUGACCUCCUCGGCUACAAUGGUAAAGAGAAAGCCGCCGCGCUUGCCACGAGCCUCCAGACCGGUGGUGAUAGUUCAUCAGUUCAGCAGCGUGUGCAGACUCUCUUGCCUAAGGACCAUGCUCUCUACGGAUGUGCACUCCAAGCCUUCCUUAAGAAUGGAGUUAACGGAGACCCGCUGAUAGCGUUUCCUCACACUGACAACGUCUUUCGUAAUGUCUUGAACGAUGAUGUUGUGGCCUGUAUACGCAUCACAGGUGUAGUUGAUGUCAAUGGCAACGAAAUCGCGCUGAACGACGCUAGAAAGAGCUACGGAAAGCCCGAGGAUGACGAGGGAGAACUGCCUCCCGACAACGCUCGUCUGCAAGCCGUCGUCUAG